AUGGCGGAAUAUAUGGAAAGCAAUGUUACUUUAAUAAGGAAUCUCAUUGAAGACAAUAAAAGGUACAAACAUGUCAGUGAAAUUCUCAGACAAAACUUUCCAGAAGUAACAAGAGGCUUUUCAGAAAGAAACGUGCGAUUGUUUUGUGCUAAAUAUGGGAUAAGACGACUGAACGAAUACGAAGUGGAUUCCAUCGGUCAGGAUUGCGUGAACGAGGUAAGCCUGUUUUUGUUUUGCAUUUUUUGUAUCAGUUUGUUUGAAUAGGGACGUUCCAUUUUUAUUCGUAUCUCCCCCUAUGGAUGAGCAGAUUUCUACCAACUCACUGUUUUGUUGGAAAAAAACUUUUCCUAACCCCUCAUUUUUGUCGGUUCCUUGUUCCUAGUUGUCUGACGAGGAUACUCAUCCAUAGGGGAGGGGGAAAGGAAUAUAAAUGGAACGUCCCAUACGUUUUCAUGUAUGAACUAUUGUCUGAAUAUGUGUCUUUAAACUUUAGGUUGGCCCGACGUACGGACGCAAAAUGAUGACAGGUUAUGUCCGCAGCAAAGGCUUAGGUUUAAGAGGCAAUCAAGUUUCAAAAUCGCUGAGACGCGUGAAUCCAGUGAAUCAUUCCAGAAGAAGAGAAGAUACGGUUCGGAGACAGAAUCCAGUUCCAUAUUAUGCGCCGUACUUCGGCAACAAAUUGCAC